CUUAGUCAGCUAACCUAUGUGUAUCAAUUCUCAUAAGAUUUCCUUGAGAUGGAAAAGUGGUGAGUGUAAAGCAAUAAGGAACUUCAACAGCUGGCCGGCAAGGUUUACCUGUGUGCAGGAAUGCGAGGGCCAUCACUCCUUCCAGGACUCUGUUUUCUGCUGAGUUUAUCAGAAGUUAUGGCUCAAAAGACCAUAGCUUCUUGUAAGUGUCCCCAGCAUGCUCACUGUGUCAACAGCACUUAUUGUACUUGCAAACAUGGAUACACCUCUAUGCUCGGGAAGGAAUUCUUCACAUUUCCCUUGGCUACAUGCGAAGAUAUUGAUGAAUGUAAACCACCCAUUAGUAUAUAUUGUGGAGCAAAUGCUGCAUGUCAGAAUACUAAUGGAGGUUUCUACUGUCACUGUAAUCCUGGAUACAAACUUCUCUCUGGAGCUCCACAAUUCCAGAAUUCCAAUGAAAACACUUGUCAAAAAACCACUUCCUCAGCGACAACCAAAGCCAUGAAGGAUGUAAGCACAAGCCCAGCCCUUGAGCCCAGCCAGCUGCAACAUGUUGUUGAGACAUUCGAGUCACUUCUCGCUAAUAAAACUCUGCUGGGAACGGGAGAGAAGAAAAAAGUUGCAUCUUGGGCCACAGGUGUUCUCCAGACUUUGGAAACAGAUGCUCUAGACACUGCCUUGAAAUCCCCAGAGCAAAAAAUCCAGAAAAUCCACAACAGUACUGUGGCUAUUGAAACGCGAGUUGUUACAGACAAUUGCUCUGAAGAAGAACAGAUCUUCAGCUUAAACACCCACAUGAACUCAGUGGACAUCCAUUGCAAUGACGUCGUGCAGGGAAACAUACAAGGUCCCACGGCAAUUGCCCUUAUUUCCUAUUCUUCCCUUGGAAACAUCAUAAAUGCAACAUUUUUUGAAGAGUCAAAUGAGAAAGACCGAGUUUACCUGAACUCUGAGGUAGUGAGUGCCGCUAUUGGACCCCAAAGGAACAAAUCUCUCUCCAAGUCUGUGAUUUUGAGUUUGCAGCACAUGAAGAUGAAGCCCAAUAAAGGAAAGUCCUUCUGCGUGUACUGGAAAAGCACAGGGGACCAUGGCCAGUGGUCCAGGGACGGCUGUUUCCUGAUACAAGAGAACAAAACUCACACCGUAUGCAACUCCACCCACUUGUCCAGUUUCGCUGUCCUCAUGGCCUUAACCAGCCAGGAGAAGGAUCCCGGGCUGACUGUGAUCACCUAUGUGGGGCUGGGUAUCUCUCUGCUGUGCCUCCUCCUGGCAGCCCUCACCUUCCUGCUGUGCAAAACCAUCCAGAACACCAGCACCUCGAUCCACCUGCAGCUCUCAAUCUGCCUCUUCCUGGCCCAUCUGCUCUUCCUCACGGCCAUCGACCAGACUGAGAUCAAGGUGUUGUGCGCCAUCAUCGCGGGUGUCCUACACUAUCUCUACCUGGCCUCCUUCACCUGGAUGCUGCUGGAGGGUCUGAAUCUCUUCCUCACUGCACGUAACCUGACGGUGGUCAACUACUCCAGCGUGAGCAAGAUCAUGAAGAAGCUCAUGUUCCCCGUGGGCUAUGGAGUCCCAGCUAUAAUUGUGGCCAUUUCUGCUGUGAUCAAGUCUGACCUUUAUGGAACACCUGAUCGCUGCUGGCUCAACCUGGACCAGGGAUUCAUCUGGAGUUUCCUUGGCCCUGUCUGCGCCAUUAUCUGUGUGAAUCUAGUUAUUUUUCUCCUGAUCCUUUGGAUUUUAAAAAGGAAACUUUCCUCACUCAACAGUGAAGUGUCAACCAUCCAGAAUAUAAGGAUGCUGACACUGAAAGCGACAGCUCAGCUCUUCAUCCUGGGCUGCACCUGGUUCCUGGGCAUCCUGCAGGUGGGUCCAGCUGCCCACGUCAUGGCUUACCUCUUCACCAUCAUCAACAGCCUGCAGGGCGUCUUCAUCUUCCUGGUCUACUGCCUCCUCAGCCAGCAGGUCCGAAAGUGGUUUGGAGAGAUCACGAAAUCUAAAUCUGAGUCUGAGGCUUAUACACUUUCCACCAAGUUUGGCGCUGACUCAAAACCCAGUGAAGUAAGAGGGCUUGUGACUUACUCUAAUGCUUCUCCCCACAACACCCCAAAUCCCCUCUCCCUGUCUUAGUAUGAGCUCCCUUACCCAGAGGGAAUGGCAAAGAGCUCUUCCUGAUGAUCUGACUUGCAUUCCCCAUUCUCACUGUAUUGUUCCUCAGUGACUCUUCCCUGAUUACUGAUAGUGUUUAAGCUAGCUUGUGUAUAUAUUUUUGUAAUACAAAGAAACAGGGGAAGACAUAUCACCAGCACCACUACCAUCUAAAGUAGAAUCUUCUGUGGGGGAGACGUACAAUCUCUGACAUAGCACAGGGGUCAUCAUCCUCUGAAAUCCUGCUAUCCCGUAGAGAGGUGAAUAUAAGCCCAGUGGGGUUGGUAGAUACCAUAGAAAAGAGAGGGACCCCACCCCAGCUGUUUACAUAAUUAUAAGGGAGGAGUACAUGGAAUAAUGGAACCUUCCUGGGAA